AUGAAACAGGAACGUUUGAAAUUUGAUCUUUAUUUUAAAGCUGGUGAUCUGGAAACCGGAACGUUAAAUAAACUACCCAACUAUCAGAACCAUUUUACAUCUCAGAAUCGUUCCACAAACUUUCGACCAGAAAGAAAUGUAUUCAGACCCAACCGAAUUCCUAAUGAUCGGUUACCCAGGCCACAACCUAUGUCAAUAGCAUCUAGAAACAUAUUAAAUUCAAACGCUAGAUCAAAUUCCAAUAAAUACGAUAAUUAUCGGAGAAAUGAUUUCCCUAGACGAAGUCCUGAUACUAUAGCUGAGGAGCUAUACACAAAUAAUUAUCAAAACGAAAAUAAUAAUCCAAGAGAACCACAACAUGAACAAGUCAAUAGCUAUUUUAGAAAUUCUGAGUAUGAUUUACCACAAAACCGUCAAGGUGACCAAAAUUUUCAGAUAGAAGCCUCGGAAAGGAAACAAUUGCAGGCAUCAGAAACAGAAUGUGCAAAUUUAAAGAAAGAGGUAAACAGACAAAAAGACGAAAUUGAUAAAUAUAAGAAUGAAAGACAGAAUCUAACACAUCAGGUUUCGGAUCUCACAAGUGAAGUGACUAGUGUAAAAGAAGAAAUGAAAAUGUUGAAAAACCAAGAAAUUAUGUUAAAACGUGAAUAUAAAGCUCAAGUACAACACUCAGAAGAUUUAUCGAAAGAAAUAGGAAGAUUAAGACUGGAAACUAGAACCCUUAAUAAAGUUGCGAAUCUGAAUAUUUAUGUGUAA